CUCACAACAGAACAGCGCUGUAACAUUCAGCUAUUCAGCAUUCAGCUAAACUGAUUUAUGUCUUAUAGGGGGACCAAUAAUCUUUUAAAACAAUCAAGAAUCUAAACAACAGUUGGAACACCAGCAGGAAAACAUAGAUUUCUAAAUUCAGUUUUCAAAAGUAAACCUUCAUCAAGAGAGUUUUCAAAAGUGAAACUAAACUUUCUGUUCAAAAGCCAUAACAGAGAGAUAAGCAGUGAGAAAUGGCAUCUAAAGCUUUUCUCUCAGAGGAUGAUUUCUCCUGUGCUGUAUGUCAUGACAUCUUCAAGAAUCCAGUGGUCCUGUUCUGUAGCCACAGCUUCUGUAAAGCCUGUCUGGAGGAAUACUGGAAACAGAAGACAUCUCGGGAAUGUCCAGUCUGCAGAAAGAAAUCAUCAAUGGAAUUCCCCCCCUGUAACCUGGUUUUAAUGAACCUGUGUGAGGCCUUCUUACAGGAUAGAAGUCAGAGAGCUUCAGCAGGGUCUGAGGUGCUCUGCAGUCAGCACAGUGAGAAACUCAAGCUUUUCUGUCUGGAGGAUAAACAGCCCAUCUGUUUUGUGUGUCAAACUUCAAAAAUGCAUAAAAGCCAUGACUUCUGCCCAAUAGAUGAAGCUGCACAGGAUCAUAAGGAGAAACUCAAGAUUGCACUGGAGCCCUUACAGGAGAAACUGAAGGUCUUUAGAGAAGUUAAACUGACCUGUGAUCAAACAGCAGAGCACAUCAAGAGCCAGGCCCAGCACACAGAGAGGCUGAUUAAGAUGGGGUAUAAGAAGCUUCAUCAGUUUCUAUAUGCGGAAGAGAGAGCCAGGAUAGUUGCACUGAAGGAGGAAGAGGAGCAGAAGAGUCAGAUGAUGAAGAAGAAGAUUGAGGAGUUGAGCAGAGAGAUAUCAUCACUUUCAGACACAAUCAGAACCAUAGAGGAAGAGCUGGGAGCUGAGGACAUCUCAUUCCUGCAGAACUACAAGGAUACAGUGAAAAGAGCCCAGUGCACACUGCCAGAUCCAGAGAGGGUUUCAGGAGCGCUGAUAGACGUGGAAAAGCACCUGGGCAACCUGCAGUUCAGAGUCUGGGAGAAGAUGCAGGGAGGAGUUCCCUACACUCCAGUAACUCUGGACCCCAACACUGCCCACCCACAUCUCAUCCUGUCUGAUGAUCUGACCAGUGUGAGAUACAGUGAUGAGGAACAGCAGCUUCCAGACAACCCAGAGAGGUUUGAUGGCCAUAUAAUGGUCCUGGGCUCUAAGGGUUUUAACUCAGGAACACACAGCUGGGACAUUGAUGUUAGGAAGAAUAAAGUCUGGGACCUGGGAGUGAUCACAGAGUCUGUCCAGAGGAAGGGAUACUGUGGAUAUUGGCAUGGAUCCUGGGGUGUGUUGUUUGGUGGUGGAGAUUAUAAAACACAUUUACCAAAGCAGCCACUCACUCACCUCACAGUGAGACGGAACCCCCAGAGGAUCAGAGUGCAGCUAGACUGGGAAGGAGGAAAGCUGUCAUUCUCUGACCCUGUCAAUAACACACAUCUACACACAUUCACACACACUUUCACUGAGAGAGUCUUUCCAUUCAUCUGCACUGGCUUUUCUCCCCUCCCUCUGAGGGUGUUACCAGGUAACGUCUCUGUAUCAGUGGAUACUGUCUCUGUCUAAAUCAGGGACUAAUGUGAUGUAAAUGAGUCAGUAACACUCACUGAUGUCCUUCAAUAAGAUUCUGACAGAGGGAGGACACACUGUGAUGUAGUAUAGAGGACCUUCCUCCUUUAAGAACGUUCCUGCUGUAACACUUUCACCUGUCAGAUAAUCACCACUAUUAUGGUACUAUAUUACAUUCAUCACUGUUAAUAUUGUCCUCUGUAGCUCAAUUGGUAGAGCAUGGUGCUUGUAACGCCAGGGUAGUGGGUUCGAUCCCCAGGA